AUGACCGUCGUCGCCGCCGCCGCCGCCGCGCAGGAGCUGCCCGGGCACGGGCAGACCGUGUGCGUCACCGGCGCCGCCGGGUACAUCGCGUCGUGGCUCGUCAAGCUGCUCCUGGAGCGGGGCUACACCGUCAAGGGCACCGUGAGGAACCCAGGCACGCGCACCAUCCAGAUUCAAGUUCAUAAUGAUCCGAAGAACGCGCAUCUGAGGGCGCUGGACGGCGCCGCCGAGAGGCUGGUCCUCUGCAAGGCCGACCUCCUCGACUACGACGCCAUCUGCGCCGCCGUCGAGGGCUGCCACGGCGUGUUCCACACCGCCUCCCCCGUCACCGACGACCCCGAGCAGAUGGUGGAGCCGGCGGUGAGGGGCACGGAGUACGUGAUCAACGCGGCGGCGGACGCCGGCACCGUGCGCCGGGUGGUGUUCACGUCCUCCAUCGGCGCCGUCACCAUGGACCCCAACCGCGGUCCCGACGUGGUCGUCGACGAGUCCUGCUGGAGCGACCUUGAAUUCUGCAAGAAAACCAAGAACUGGUACUGCUACGGCAAGGCGGUGGCGGAGCAGGCGGCGUGGGAGAAGGCCGCGGCGCGCGGGGUCGACCUCGUCGUGGUGAACCCAGUGCUGGUGGUGGGGCCGCUGCUGCAGCCGACGGUGAACGCCAGCGCCGCGCACAUCCUCAAGUACCUCGACGGCUCCGCCAAGAAGUACGCCAACGCGGUGCAGGCGUACGUGGACGUGCGCGACGUCGCCGCCGCGCACGUCCGGGUCUUCGAGGCGCCCGGGGCCUCCGGCCGCCACCUCUGCGCCGAGCGCGUCCUGCACCGCGAGGACGUCGUCCACAUCCUCGGCAAGCUCUUCCCCGAGUACCCCGUCCCAACAAGGUGCUCUGACGAGGUGAACCCACGGAAGCAGCCUUACAAGAUGUCCAACCAGAAGCUGCAGGACCUUGGCCUCCAGUUCACCCCUGUCAACGACUCCCUGUACGAGACGGUGAAGAGCCUCCAGGAGAAGGGGCACCUCCCGGCGCCGAGGAAAGAUAUCAUCCUCCCAGCAGAGCUGGACGGUGCAACGGCGUGA